UCGGGACGGAGUCUACGUCACAUCCUCAGCCGGUGGCUCUCCGGUCUGCAGUCGUGCACGCGGACUGCAGAAGUUGCAGCGUUCUCUGUACUGCAGCGCGAGCGGCUCCUGAACGCACCACACCCUGCUGCUGCUGCAGCAUCCACCACACCGACAGACCCGGAGACACACAGCGGAGUGAAUACGGUUGCUGUUCUGCCUCAGUAGCAGGAUGGCUAACAAUGACAAGGAUCCGAUGCCUGCAGCCGGGACCCUCUCCCCGGGCCAGCUGCUGUCCCUCCACAAGAUGGAGCCAAAGACUCUGGGGGCGAUCCAGAUCGUUAUUGGGGCGUUGAUUCUGUGUCUGAGUGCCUCUGUGCUCCAGAUCCACGAGGUCCACUUCACAGGAGACGUGGCCCUCUUCCUGAUUGUGGUCCUACAGGUGACCCUGUCCGGCUCAGUGUUGGUGCACAGCGGGAGGAAACCCACUUUGUUCUGGGUGAAAUGUGUCCUGGUGCUGCACCUCGUCAGCGCUGCUUUUGCCACCGCUGCUCUGGGUCUGAUGUCCAAACACCUGCCGUACCGCCAGGACUCGUACCACUGUGAACACUGCCGCCGGCUGGAGCUGCACGCCGUGCAACAUUGUUUCAGGAAAUGCACCGGGCUGAUCGAGCAAAAGUGUAAACUGUUGAUUGAUGGGAUCCUGGGGACUCUGGUGAUCUUCCUGGUGCUGGAGCUGUUGAUUUGCAUCACUGCCAUGCUGUUUGGACUCACUGUGCUCGCUGCUGGGGGAGCCCAGCCUCCGAGCCAGAGACCCGUCUACCCACAGACGCGCCCGCCAGCGGUUCCAGCCACAGCAUCGCUUCCCCAGGUGGCUGUUGUUGUGACUGAACCAGACUCCGAGGAGGUGGAGGACAUCUCCACGCCGCCCACUGAACCCCAGGUGGAGCCGAUGAGAGCCGUGGCAACCGAGCCGUGAGCCCUGCACACACUAUGGGGUGUUCUGUCACGUCAGAGUGUAAACGUGGAUCACACCUGGGACAAAAACAUUCUUGUGAGACUCAUGGAGGUCAUUAAAAUGUGGACCAUUACAACAGGACAACCAAUCAGCUCGUGGUAAUAGUCGGAGGCAAGAAUAUAAUAAGAGUUGUGGAAGAAAUAAAUUCAAGUGUCCCAACAAGUUGUCAAAGGUCAAAGGUCAUCCUGUCCUUUUAUUCCUGGCGUGGCAUGAACACAGAAUAAGUAUGAUAACUUAUGCUCCUACAGUAUGUUGUGUCACAGUAAUGUUGAUCAUCUUAAAAUGCUAAAUCACUUAAAUAGGUAUAGAGAAAUAUAAGUACAGAGAAAUAUAAAUAACGGAGACAGACAGCCAGACUCUCAGCUUGAAGUUCAGAGGGAAGGCUCAGUGUGUAGUAUAUAUAUAUAUAUAUGAAUGUAGAUAUAUUCACGUAUCUAAGAGUCUAUGCACCGUUUGUGUUCAUUUGAGUGAAGGCACAUUGACGAUUUCACUUUGAACUAUUUUGCCUUUCUUGCUUCAAACAUAUUUGAAUGUUGAAAAAAGGUUAUGUUGUUGUUAUGUGGUUAUAACACUAACCUUGUAUUGUGUUCAUGCUAUUUAAAACAGGUCUUAAUGCCAUUCCACAAUUAACGGAUGAAAGAGUAUUACAGCAGCCGAUCUACUGUAUCAUGUACAUUUAUUGUUGAUUCUAAUAUUUAAAUAUGAGGAGUUUUAGUUCCUAGAAGCUCUAAAAACACUGUAUCCGACUUUUCCCAUAAUGCUAAUAAACCUUUCCGGCCUUGUAAUUAACCACUUUUUCAACCUUCAAUCACGCUCUUUGUGUAAUAAUGCACCUUGUGGAAACAAUAAAAACAUCUCUUUAUCUGUCA